UAUUCUCAUGCGGUCUCGGAGAAUGGUCAGCAGGUGGAAGAUCCCAUGAAUAUCACAGUCAACGUCCUUGAUCAGAAUGACAACAAACCCCAGUUUACACAGGAAGUAUUCCGGGGGUUUGUGAGGGAAGGUGUCCAGCCAGGUACUCCUGUGAUGAAUGUGACCGCCACGGAUGCUGACGACCCCACAACCGCAAACGCUAUACUUGGCUAUUCCAUUCUAAAGCAAACCCCUGAGGAGCCAGUGCCGGGGAUUUUUACCAUCAACAGCGAGUCUGGGCUGAUCAGCGUCAUUGCAGCUGGAUUGGACCGAGAGAAAGUUCCAGAAUAUACCCUGUUAGUUCAGGCGGCAGAUAUGGAAGGCCAGGGUCUGACAACUACUGCAACAGCUUUAAUCCAGAUCACGGACUCCAAUGAUAACGCACCAGUAUUCGAUCCUGUCAAGUACACGGCCCAGGUGCCAGAAAAUGAAGUGGGCUUCGAGGUUCAACGACUGUCGGUAACGGAUGCGGAUGACAUGAAUUCUCCCGCUUGGCGAGCCGUUUACAAGAUUAGGGGCCCAGAGGCCAGCUUCUUCUCCAUUACCACUGACCCGGAUACCAACGACGGCAUCCUCACUACAGCCAAGGGUUUGGACUUUGAGACCCGGAAGCAGUUUGUGCUGCAGAUCACCGUGGAGAACCAGGACCCGUUCACCGUCCCCUUGCCGACAUCAACAGCCACAGUCACGGUCAACGUGGAGGAUGUGAACGAGGCCCCGUUCUUUGUUCCUGCUGUCAGCCGGCAGGAGGUGUUGGAGAACCUUCCUCGGGGGGAGAAGAUCAUUGCGCUGGUUGCCCAGGACCCCGAUAAGCAGCAAAACCAGAAACUCAGGUACAAAAUUGGGAAUGACCCGGCCAAGUGGGUCUCUGUGAAUGAAGACACCGGCAUCAUCACCAGCAAUGGCAACCUGGAUAGAGAGUCGGAAUAUGUGAAGAAUAACACGUAUAUGAUCAUCCUGAUGGUGAUUGAUGAUGGUAUUCCCUUUGCCACCGGCACCGGUACCCUCAUCUUACAGGUGGGAGAUAUCAAUGACAACGGUCCUGUCCCCAAUCCGCGAUCCUUCGCCAUGUGCAGCAAGAACCCCGAGCCAUAUGAGCUGACAAUCAGCGACGCCGACCUUCCUCCAAACACCGACCCGUAUGACUUGGAGCUGAGCCACGGGUCCGAACUCACCUGGAGGGCCGAGAUGAAAGGAAAAGCAGCUUCGAUGACUCUGGUACCCAAGGAGGAGCUGAAGCCCGGGGAUUACGUUGUGUACGUUCGUUUGUACGACGCUCACAGACUAUCUCAGCUCACCGUGGUGAACGCAACCAUCUGCAACUGCGAGGGGAACACCGUCAGCUGUAGCGACAAAUACAUGGACAGGAGCGAUCUGCCAAUCAUCUUGGUCAUUCUGGGGUCCAUUCUGGCUCUGCUGAUUCUUAUUCUCCUGUUGCUGCUCUUCUUGAGGAGGAAGAAGGUGGUGAAGGAACCCUUACUGCUCCCUGAAGAUGACACCAGGGACAACAUCUUCUACUAUGGAGAGGAGGGUGGUGGGGAGGAAGAUCAGGACUAUGACUUGAGUCAGCUCCACCGAGGCCUAGAUGCUCGACCCGACGUCAUGAGGAACGAUGUGGUUCCUACGUUGAUGCCGGCACCUCAGUACAGACCACGGCCGUCCAACCCUGAUGAGAUCGGGAACUUUAUUGAUGAGAACCUGAUUGCUGCCGAUAACGACCCCACCGCCCCACCCUACGACUCCCUCCUGGUCUUCGACUACGAAGGCAGCGGGUCAGAGGCCGCCUCCCUCAGCUCCCUGAACUCCUCCAAUUCCGACAUUGACCAGGACUAUGACUGCUUGAACAACUGGGGCCCCCGUUUCCGGAAGCUGGCGGAUAUGUAUGGAGGAGAAGACGACUGA